CGGUAUUCGGGAUUGUUUGCUUCAUGAUGAUCGUCAUGAAUUGCUUACCAUUUAUUUAUAACAGUGUCAUUAAGAUUUAGUCACUCACUCAAAGAAAACAGCUGUAACAGAUUUGACAUAUUCAAGGUCGGUUAUGGGCACACAUUGAGGAAAAAAAAUCCAUUAAAUCAAACUGUAUCGAAGGAUUGAAUUCCUCGGCCUGACCUGCUGAAUUCAGUCCAGAAAUGUCAAAUUGAGGCAACACAAAGAGAAGAGGGGAGGGGGAGGCACUGCCAGCAGGAUCAAACUUCCCUCCCAUCAGCAGCAGCAGCAGCGUGCUGUGAGUGUAUAUGUGUGUGUGCAGUCAGAUCCUUGUGCGCAGUGAGAAAGACCUCCCCGGUCCACAUUGGUUCAGUGUUUUGGAGCUCUAACCUGUGGGUCGGUGCACCGCUGUAAAAGGCAUGAAAACUGGGAUCCAGCAGCUCAGAGGACGAGUGAGAGGAAGGUGCGCACCAGCGAGCUGAACCCUCAGGGCCGUCGAUAGGGAACCAUGUGCACCUCCCUGAGCCCCAAACAGCCCAGUGGGCCCGGCCUGACAGACAUGCAGCAGUACCACCAGUGGCUGGCCAGUCGACAUGAAGCCAGCCUGCUUCCCAUGAAGGAAGACCUCGCCCUGUGGCUCACUAAUAUGCUCGGCCUGGAAAUCACCGCUGAGAGCUUCAUGGACCGCUUAGACAAUGGCUUCCUGUUGUGCCAGCUGGCUGAGACACUACAGGAGAAGUUCAGGCAAAGUAAUGGAGACCUGCCUGCCCUUGGCAACAGCAAGACUAUUCCAUAUCGGAGGAUACCAUGUCGACGGAGUGCUCCCUCUGGCUCUUUCUUUGCACGGGACAACACAGCCAACUUCCUGGCCUGGUGUCGUGAGGUUGGCGUUGGAGAAACGUGUUUGUUCGAGUCAGAGGGUUUAGUUCUUCACAAGCAGCCACGAGAAGUGUGCCUCUGUCUGUUAGAGUUGGGGCGGAUUGCAUCCCGGUACAAUGUGGAGCCUCCUGGCCUUAUAAAACUGGAGAAAGAGAUCGAACAAGAAGAGAGAGCACCUCUACCUCUUCCAUCACCUGUAUCACCAGUUCAGCCUCUCCCUCAAUCUCCCUCAUCAUCUCCUUCCCCAUCUCCGUCCCCAUCCCCGACUCCCACCAAGACUCCCACCAACAGUUCCAGCAAGAAAAGUACAGGGAAGCUGUUGGAUGAUGCCGUAAGACAUAUCGCUGACGAUCCCCCCUGCAGGUGCCCGAAUAAAUUCUGUGUAGAGAGGCAGUCGCAGGGUCGAUACCGUGUUGGGGAGAAAAUGCUUUUCAUACGAAUGCUGCACAACAAGCACGUGAUGGUGCGCGUUGGUGGAGGCUGGGAGACCUUUGAGAGCUACCUGCUGAAACAUGACCCAUGCCGCAUGCUCCAAAUCUCUCGGGUGGAGGGCAAGAUGUCCCCCGUCAGCAGCAAGUCCCCCAACAUCAAGGACCUGACACCUGACAGCUACCUGGUAGUGGCGGCCCACUACCGCAGCAAAAAGUGAAGACAUGAGACUGAAAAGUGCCAUCGAUGAAAGGAUGAGGAGGAUGAAUGAUUGCUGUUGUUUACUCAGAAGCCAGGUGGAACGUGGCUGUGCGAUAUAAUCCUGUUCAUAAAAAUAUUAAGGUUACACACACAACAGCAUCCAUGAAAAGCAGACUUGUGUAAGUGAUGUAUGGGCAUACUUUUAGAGUUAAAUGAAUGUUUGUGAUCAGAUUAAGCCUGGAUUCAAACAAGUGGGCAAGUGAAGUUGUACAUUUUCUUGGGAUUUGUUUUCUCAAUUACUUACUGUAUUUUAACCAAUAUAUCGCGUACAAUAUGUGAAAUACAUUUUUUUAUUUUUUAGCCUCCUUCUGGGAAAAAAUAUCAGCUUUCAAAGUUUUAGGCACCGUGCUUCUUUCUAUCUCUUGAUAUCUUUAAUUAGAAAAAGCAAAAUUACUUUAGUAAAUGAUGUUACUGAUGGUAAAAACAUCAGUCAUCGGGCCUGCAGUACCUGGUUAUAUUAAACAUGUUAAACCAGAGUUUCUCUGAGUGAAUUUAGGCAAGUGGUGCCGAAUGCAAGACUGACAAAGUAUUCUUUUACCCUGGUAAUCAGACUGAUUUGCCAUUUUGUUUCACUUCAUUCUUCAUUUAUUUGAAUACCUGAGAUGUGGGCAGCAGGAAACCACAUUAACUUUUUUUUCACUGAGGCAAUAUAUUGUUUCCCCUUUUUUUCAUUUGCCAUUUGGUUGAUGGUGUUAUCCAAAAUGCCAUGACUAUGACCAUAUUCAAACUGCAAAUUGGACUAUAAACUUUUACAUUACAGUAGAAGAUUAAGUGAAAAUCUAUUAACCAAAAGAAAAGUAUUAAACCAAAGCCUGACAGGAUAAUCUACCAAAUUUCUUCUUGGUCACAAAAUGUUGCUUUUUAUACUGUAUUUCUUAUUAGGUUAACAAAAAGAAGCAAUGCUUAGAUCGUUUACAUGUCGAAUAACUAUUCUAUGCAAUGCAUUUUUGUACUAUUAUCAUUUUAAUCAAUUAAUUAUUAGAGUAUAUUCUGUUUUACAUACUUUCUGUUGUAACGACAUAGACAAUCACCUGUACAAGAUGCAGUAUGUAUAUAAAUUGAAUUGAAUGUAUUAUUGAUAAUACAGUUGAUUUACUCA